AUGCUUCGUUUAAACUUCCUGCUGGUCACUUCCGUUUUGUCGCCCAGAAUUAACUUAAGGCAAGCAAAAUGUAUUAAAUGGUUUAGUACUCACCAAAAAAAUCAAGAAAAUCCGUUUUUAUACGUCAGCGAAUUCUCAGAUUUAAGUAAGCGUAUAUCGGAAAAUAUUGGGCCCAAUCUGUCGCCAUUUAUGAUACUUAGGGCUAUAGAGUCAUGCCUGGAAUUGCAGAAAGUAUUCAGGGAGCAUAAUAAACUCUCCAAUGGUCCAAUUAAUAAGAUAAAUGUAAAAAUUAGAGAAAUACUCACAAAUGAAGCAAUAGAUUUCAAUGAGGAUUUAUUGAGGGAAAUAUUUUUAUUAAAGCUUCUGCCCUCAAAUAACAUUACAGUAAUCGAAAGCUUUUAUGAAAAAAACCCUGACAAAUAUAUUGAUGUCAAUGUUUCGUUGAUUGCCUUGCGGGAAUGCUUAUACGAUGGAGACUUUAAAGAUGCUUUAACGAUAACUGAUUUAACGACCGGCCAUCCUAAUUACAUUAAGAUGAAAAAUGGAAUAAUGAAAUCUGGAGCUACGAAACUUAUUGCUAGUGCAGCUGGUUUAAUGCUCUUUUCCAAAUUCGGAAUUCAAGGCGCCAUAGAUUACGGUCUUUUGUCAAACCAGUGGAAGCACUUCAGCUCCCUCAAUGCUAUGAUCUUAACUUAUUUUUUGAAUUCCAGCUUUUUCAUCACGCUUGUAAGGUUUGGUAGACAAGUCAUUACCGCUGGAGGCGAUUAUUUGACAUGGCAGAAGGGGACUUUUUAUACUCAUUGGUUUAAGCAUUCGGAUGAAAUGCUCUUUUGUCGCAAAAUCUUGAGUGCUGAUAUAGAAUUGAAUGGUGGUGGCUCAUCUGGAGGAGAGGCUUCUCCUGAUCUUCUCGAAGAAAUUUGCAGGGCAGAUGAUACUAUAUCUGAUGGACGCUCCUUACAACCUGGCUAUACAAGAGAUGGUAAGAAGGUAAGGCUUUUACAAGCAAAGGACAAUUUAGAGGAGCUUAAGUUACAGGCCUAUUGGAUGAGUGGAGGCGACGGAUUUGAGUGGGUUGAGCCUGAUCAAGAUCCUGCUGUGCUUAUUUGGAAGAAACAUUUGUCACAGUUUAAUAAAGAAUCAAUAACUAGUGAAGGGAGUGUUAAAAAGCUUAAGUGGGCAGAAGAUUUGAUAGAGGAAAAGUAG